CCUUCUAUUCAUGCCUGCCAUCGCUCAUAGCACAUAUUCCGUAUUCACUACACGAUCAAUAUUUUCAUUACACAGAAUUCUCUGUAUAGUAUUAUAGAAACAUCUCUGCAUUGCUUAGACUUUGCCAUGGCAAGCCAACAACAGGUAAAGAAAGAAGAAGGGAGAGGGAGGACGAUAGAGGAAGAAGAAGAAGAACGGAGGAGAGAAGCACAGAAGAACAUGGACGAAGCGAAAGCCAAGCAAGGCGUGGCGGCGGAGAGCGGCUACGAGACCGUCCAACACUACCGCGCUGCAGCGCAGGAGAACGCAAUGGCGGCUGUCAAGGCGGCAGAAAGACGGUACGAGGAAGCCAAAACUGUUGCCAACGAGAAACUAGAGCAGGCCAGGGCUGCUGCGGCGGACAGGUCUGUUACGGCCAAGGACUACGCCGCAGAAAAGUUGCAGCAAGCUAAAGAGGCGGCGGCGGAGCUCACCUCCGCCACCAAGGACUAUACUGCGGAGAAGGCUAAGACGGCUCUGCAUUAUACUGCGGAGAAGAGUAAGGCGGCUAAAGAUACCUUGACUGAACAGGUGAGCAAAGGGGCCUCUGUUGCUGUCGAUUAUACAAAACAGAAGGGCAGCGAGGCCUAUAAUGUGGCUUCUGAGAAAUUGCAACAGGGAAAGGAGGCGGCCAUCGAUACGGGUCGCAGCACACUUGGGUAUACUGCUGACAAGGCCGCCCAGGUCAAGGAUAUCACUAAGGAGAAACUGGGAGAAUACACAGGCGCAGCUAAGGAGAAAACCCAGGAAACAACGCAGGCCUGUGCUGAGACUGCAAAUAACUUGAAGGACAAAACACAGGAGAAAUUAGGCUUAGCGAAGGACAACACGUACGAUGCAAUAAACAAGGCAAAGGAAAGUCUCGCGCAAAAUUAUAAUAAUGUGAAAGAAACCACUGGGCAGACUGCUCAAAGGGCUGGCGAAAAGGCUGAGCAAACGAAAGAAAGUGUUAAGGAGUCAGCCUCUGCAGCCGCCGAACGAACCAAGCAAACCCUAGAAGCAGCCCAACAGCGGGCGAGAGAACGCGCCCGCCAGAUGGCCGAGAAAGCCGGUGAAACGGAGGAGUCGGUGGAGAAGAAAAUGGCGGAAGCUGCGGAACGAACAAAGCAAUCUCUAGAAUCGGCCCAACAGCGGGCAAGAGAACAGGCCCGCCAGGCGGCUGAGAAAGCGGGCGAGACAAAAGAGUCCGUGGAAAGAAAAAUGGCGGAAGCAGCAGAGCGAGCGAAGCAGAGCUUUUUCCAAAGUGAAGACCAAGGCCAGCAAGAGUCCGCUGACCAUGGAGCCACUGGACAAAUCAAGGGAACCCUGGAAGAAGCCCAACAGAGGGCGAGAGAACGUGCCCGUCAGAUGGCGGAGAAGGCCGGAGAAACGAAAGAGUCGGUGGAGAGGAAAAUGGCGGAAGCUGCAGAACAAACCAAGAAAUCUCUAGAAUCGGCCCAACAGCGAGCAAGCGAACAGGCCCGUCAGAUGGCUGAGAAGGCCGGUGAGUCAAAACAGACCAUUGAAAAGAAAAUGGCGGAAGCAGCUGAACGAGCCAAGCAGAGCUUUUUUCAAAGUGAAGAACAAGGCCAGCAAGAAUCCACCGACAAUGGAGCCGCUGGACAAAUCAAGGGAACACUGGAAGAAGCCCAACAGCGGGCGAGAGAACGUGCCCGUCAGAUGGUGGAGAAAGCUGGAGAAACGAAAGAGUCGGUGCAGAGGAAAAUGGCUGAAGCUGCAGAACAAACGAAGAAAUCUCUAGAAGCGGCCCAACAGCGAGCAAGGGAACAGGCCCGGCAGAUGGCUGAGAAGGCGGGUGAGUCAAAACAGACCGUGGAAAAGAAAAUGGCGGAGGCAGCCGAACGAGCCAAGCAGAACUUUUUUCAAAGUCAAGAGCAUGGCCAGCAAGAGACCGCCAACUUCGAGGAAAAUGAAAGAGAGAUGAGAGGAAAGGCUGGGCAUGAGCAAGAUGAGCAAGCUCGUCGUGGAGAAGAUAAUAAAAGGGAUGGCGGAAGCAGGGUUGAAAUAGAAGUGAAGACUGUGGCCAGCGAUGAGACACUUAGUGAUAAAGGUGUUCUGGAGACUGUUGGGGAUACGGUCAUAGGAACUGUGGCGAGUGCUGUGCAGGUUGCUAAGAAGACUGUUAUGGGGACUGAACAACAUGAUGAUUAAUGUGUGUUACUGUUCAUUGUAUAUACAUUAGGUCUGUAUAUGUGAGUUUGCAGAUGUAGUAUUAUGUUAUAGACGGUUCUGUCCUGUAUUGUUUGAAAGACUUGACUUUGCAUGCUGCUUGUGAAAUCGUAUAAUUACUGUCGUUAAUACUGUGUGAAGACAUUCAGAGUUAUUGAUUGGUCUAGGGGUCAUAAGAUUCUGCUGUCUGAUGAUGUGAGAUCAGAUGGUGGAUUGAUAUCUUUAUGUUUAUAAAAUAUUUUCAGUGUGUUUUAUGAAGACUGGCCUCUAUUUUGAGUUA